UCGUCACUCAGUAAACAUCCUGCGACGUUGGUGCUCUUUACUUUGUGUCAUUCUCUGUGUGUGUCUUGUAAGCUGGGAAACAGAAUUCUGUUUUGUCGCGUAAGCGAAAGUCGUGGCAAUACAGCGUGCUCUCAUAGAAGAUAAAGCUAGAAAAUGGUUGUAGACCCAGUAUUUGAAGGAGUCGGUCAAGAGCCUGGUAUUCUGAUCUGGAGAGUAGAGCAAUUUCAAAUUGUUCCCCUUGAUCCCAAGGAAUAUGGGAAUUUCUACUCUGGAGACUCGUAUAUUUUGUUACAUACCAAACGUCUUCGAAGUGGAAACCUAGAGUGGAAUAUUCAUUUCUGGUUAGGUAAAAAUACGUCACAGGAUGAAGCUGGGGUCGCUGCCAUCAAAACCGUGGAGCUCGACGACUCCCUAGGGGGUAUUCCAGUUCAACAUCGGGAGAUCGAAGGCCACGAAUCCAAAAUGUUCCUUUCUUACUUUAAGAAGAAGGGUGUAAGGUACCUUGAAGGAGGAGUUGCCUCAGGUUUCCGACAUACGGAAGACAAGGUUGUUAAACGCUUGCUGCAAGUCAAAGGUCGCCAUAACGUUCGUGUAUUCCAAGUUCCGAUGAAUGCCAACUCUAUGAACAAAGGGGAUUGCUUCAUCCUGGACUGUGGCUCUGACAUUUACGUGUGGGUUGGACAACAGAGUCGCCACAUGGAAAGGCUUAAAGCUGUGCAGGCAGCUAAUGGCAUUCGUGACGACAUCCAUGGAGGUCGAAGCAAUAUUCACUUUAUUGAUGAACACAGCAGCCCUGCUGACCACCAAAAGUUCUUCGAAGAGUUAGGCAGCGGCUCUGAGAGUGAUGUAAAAGAGGCUACUGAGGGAGGUGACGACGUUGAACAUGAACGUACGAAAGAAACGGCGGUGACACUGUACAAGGUCUCUGAUGAUGAAGGGCCACUGAAGGUGGAACAUAUUGCUGAAAAACCUUUGAAACAAAAACUCUUGGAUAGUAAUCAAUGCUUCAUCUUAGAUAGUGGUGUUAGUAGUCUGUUCGUAUGGGUUGGAAAAGGUGCUAGCCAAAGAGAGAGAAAAGAAUCCAUGAAAAUAGCUGAGAAAUACUUAGAUUACCGUAACUAUCCGAAAUGGGUGUCAAUUACACGAAUCAUCGAAGGAGGAGAACCACCCAUGUUUAAACAAUUCUUUGCCUCCUGGAAAGAACAAGAAGAUCAGGUUGGACUCGGUCGUGUUUACAAACCUGAGGAGAUAGCUGAAACUCAACCAGAUGGAGGAUUUAACAUUCUGUCUCUUCAUCGGAAAAAAAGGAGACUGAUUGCUAAAAGUUUGGGAAAAGCGUUUGGCUUUAUGCCUGAUGAUGGCUCGGGACAGACUGAGAUAUGGAGAAUCGAAAAUUUCGAGCUAUCACCUCUCGACCCCAAUAUAUACGGUUUCUUUUUUGGUGGUGACAGCUAUGUUAUCAAAUACACGUACUUGAAAAAUGAACGACAACACUUCAUUAUUUACUUUUGGCAGGGUUUGGAUAGUACCCAGGAUGAAAAAACCUCGUCAGCUAUCUGGACUGUUAAACUGGACAAUGAUCUGGGAGGCAAAGCUACUCAGGUUCGUGUGGUUCAAGGUGUUGAGCCCAAACAUUUCCUUCACAUCUUCAAGGGUAAGAUGAUAACUUUCAUGGGAGGUCACGCUAGCGGCUUUCGAAACAUCCACGACCAUGACACCUACGACAAAGACGGGACCAGGAUGUUUCACAUUAAAGGUACUUGUGAGUGGGACACACGAGCAGAACAGGUUCCUGAAAAGACAUCAUCACUCAAUUCUGACGAUGUUUUCGUGCUUGAGACUCCACAAAUGACAUAUAUAUGGAUUGGAAAGGAGUCUAAUGAAGAGGAGCAAACCAUGGCCAAGAAUAUUGCUCCAACGAUUUCGCCAGGCCGAAACAUCGUAGAAGUUCAAGAAGAGCAAGAACCAAAAGAGUUCUGGAAUAGUAUUGGAGGAAAAGGUGAAUACCAGAAGUCACGGGAACUGCCGGAUAAGCCGUUGUUGGAGUCACGACUUUUCAAGUGUUCUAUUGAAAAUGUAAAGUUCAAAGUGGAAGAGAUCUACAACUUUACGCAAGAGGACCUGUCUGUUGAUGAUGUUAUGGUGCUGGAUUCCGGAGAAGAAGUGUUUGUUUGGAUUGGAGAUGGAGCAAGCGAAGAAGAAAAGAAGAUGUCUUUACAGCUUGCUGAGAAUUAUAUACGCACAGAUCCGACUGAACGUAGCUUGGACAACACUGUUAUCAUUACAGUAAAACAAAAAGAGGAACCUAAAGGUUUCACUGCUCUCUUUGAUUCUUGGAAUCCUGAUUUGUGGCAAGAAACAACGAAGACUUGCUGACAAUUGGAAGUCACUGACAUUAUGUUAAAGAAGGGUUUGCAAACUUGUUGUUACUUAAUUACUUAUUCUUUUCGUAUUUUCAUUAGUUAAGUUUUAUCUAAACACUUUUCUUUGUCUGAAUACUGAGUGUUUCAAGAAAAGAAAAACUUGUUCUACGUAAUCCUAAUAUGUUUUAGAUAUUAUUGGAAAACUAAUUGCCUUUGAUAAAAACAAAAUGAAAAACAAUUUUAUGAACGUUUCUCGCGAUAGUUGGUUUAUACCAUAUCAGUUUGUAUUUCUAAGAGAAUAAACAAACAUCUUAUUCGUA